AUGCCAGAGCCCCUCCCACCAAACCCAUUCGACCCGCCCUCGCACGAACACACAGCAUACGAAUCUUGCUUGAACCUUCAAAGUCUCUGGUUCAGCCCUCAAGUCGCGGCUCGAGUCUUGGGUUACGCGCUUAUUCACCACCCAGGCUCUUCUAUGGCCAUGGCGCGAGAGAUAUCGGGUUGUGAUGAUAAUGCAGAGUUUAUGGCGGGGUUGGGGUAUUUGAUGUUUAAGGGUUCGGUACUGGCCCAACCAGAGUCACCGCCAGACAGCAUCGAUAUCGCAGCCCUCUCGAAUUUGUCGCAAUCCACCGGUGCUAGUCCAAAUGAUGCUAAAAAGCUAGUAAGCAAAGACUCGGAGCGUUGUUCAGGUUCUCAGCUGAGGCUACAAGUUUUGGCGCGAGACAACUAUCGGUGUAUACUCUCAGGGAACGUGGACGCUGCCAGCCUUCGCAACGGGCUGACGACGAUCGAUUUAGUUGCUGGGGAGAGGAAGGCGGAUAUGGAGCUGUGUUAUAUUUUCAAGAUGACUGGGGACGAGGAACAGGGCUAUAUAGGAGGAGGACUGACGGAUGUGGCGCGGAGGAAGUUAGGUUGGGCGUCUUCUGCUGCUGCUGUUCUCGAACGACUAGCUGGAAUUCCAAUGGUCCAAGAUAUUCACGAGGCAGAGAAUACGUUCACGAUAUCGCCCAACCUCCAUGGUCCAUGGGACCAGCUCCAGAUUUCUCUUCAUCCAAUCGCCAGUGAGGAGGAUGAUAGCAGCAACAUGUAUGAAAUCCACACCUACCCUCCCUCCGAAAACACGCGGUACGGUCUUCCCUACCGCACGACGAAUACCCUUCCCAGUCGUCGUUAUCUCGCGCUCCAUGAUGCUUGUGCGAAGAUUGCGUAUCUCUCAGGUGCGGGAGAGGUUAUGGAGCGGCUGUUCUUGGAUGUGGGGAAUGCACGGGUCUUGGCGGAGGAUGGGGGGAUUGGGGUCUUUUAGGUUUAGCGCUGUGUUUGUCGCAAUGAUACAUUGAUUGCUGCGCAUGCUUUGUUCGAUGUCUGUAGCCUUCCUCCAGCUAUGUUUAUCAAUAAUAAUACUUUAUUUAAGAGUAACACAAAUCUACUUACAUCCAUUGAACGACUUUCUUCAUACGGAUCGUUGAGUC